AUGUACAGCCAACCUUUUACUCAAAACAGUCUGUACGGCGCUCCUAAUAUGAUGCCCUAUCAGAACAUGAUGCCGCCUCAGGUGUCCCAGCAUGGGAACCCUGGAAUGAUGCAGAACUACGGUAACCCUGGCCAAGGCAGGGGUGGUUUUGACGCUCAAAAGCAACCACAGCAGCUACAGAUCGGUCGUCAGAUGGUGCAACGCCCGCCGCGGACUCGCAAUAACGAAAUAGGGGAGGUGAGCCGUGUCAUUCAUAUGCGUAAUAUAACGCCCAACGUGACUCAGUUGAGCAUACAAAACCUUGUGCAGAAUUUUGGAAAUAUCAAGCACAUUGUGAUGCUUCGGCAGAUGAACCAGGCGCUCGUAGAGAUGGAAUCCACCAAGAGCGCUCAGCAACUGGUAGAUUUUUUCCGAGAGGCCGGGUACGCUGAGAUUGACGGCCGCCGUGUAUACAUUCGGUACAGCAAUCACCAGGAGCUCACCGCCACGCAGCACACAAGCAAAACGCUGCUGGUGUCUAUGUUCAAUACCCAAUACGAUGUCUCUGCUGCCACGUCUAUCACCCCCAUGAUUGUUUAUCAGAUCUUCUGCAACUAUGGUGCCGUGCAGAAAAUUGUCGUCCUACCCAAGAACGAGUCCAGCCAGCGUAACCACAACCGCGUGCAGGCGUUGGUGCAGUUUGACAGUAAGGCGACUGCGGAGAACGUAAAGAACAUCCUGCAAGGCCAACCGGUGACCAUCGGUGAGACGGUGACCUUUACUCUUGAUAUUCAGUUCUCGCGGAUGGAUAACAUCAAGACGAGCAACCCCGCCAUAUCGUUAGUGGUGAACGAGGACGGCGUGCCACAGCCCCCGCAGCCACAACCGCCUCAGCCCCCACAGCAGCAGCAGCAGCAGCAGCCGCAGCAACAGCCGCCGCCGCCGCCCCAACAACAGCAAAUGCAAGGAAACGUGUAUCCUGGCAUUACACAGCAGUGGAGUUAA